CUCGUCACGUUAAGACAUUCUAUUCCACUGUCUCAAACGCAGAUCCAAUACUGAAUCUUAUUCUAUCUUGUAUACUGUUUCUUGCGCUAAUCUACAAGUAAUCUUCAAUUCUAGUUUGUCGUAGAUCUGAAAGAUUACAGAAAAAUGGCAAAUGAUCGUUUAGAUAUGGUAAUAUUUGGCGCUACUGGAUAUACUGGAAAAUAUGUAGUGAAAAAUGCAAUCCAUAUGUGUAAGGAUCAGAAAAUGAAGUUCGGUAUUGCUGGUCGUAGAAAAGAAGCUCUAGACGCAGUUGUUAAGGAAUUUGUCUCAGAUAUUGCGGAUGUAUCUGUUAUUCUGGCUGAUGUAAAAGAUGAGGAAUCUCUUAAGAAAAUGACGGAGCGAGCAAAGAUACUUGUCAAUUGUUGUGGUCCAUACAGAUUUUAUGGAGAACCCGUUAUCAAAACAUGCAUUGCUACUUGUACUCAUUAUGUUGAUAUCACUGCUGAAGAACAGUUUAUGAUUGAAAUGGAAUUAAAAUAUAACGAAGCAGCAAAAGAAGCUGGCAUCUACAUAGUAAGCGCUUGCGGCUUGGACUGUAUUCCUAGUGAGUUGGGAGUUAUUUUUACGCAACAGAAAUUUGAAGGAGAAAUGAAUGCUAUUGAAAUAUAUAUGAGCAUGUGGUUAAGCGCUAUUGACAAGAUAGGUCCGAUUUGCAAUUAUGGAACUUGGAUAACUUUUGUAUACAAUCUGGCUCAUGCAAAGGAAUUACCUGCAUUACGCAAAAAAUUAUAUCCUAUCAAGUUGCCUGAAUUCGUCCCGAAAUUAAAAUCAAGAAGUGUACUGCACCGAAGUGAUGUUUCUGAAGGAUGGUCCUCACCAUUUCCGAGUAUCGAUCGUUCAGUAGCUCUUCGUACACAGCGAUUCUUAUAUGAGAAGUAUAAAGAGAGACCUGCACAAGUUCAAUUUUAUGUUACAUUGAAAUAUUUCUUCGAAUUCCUGAUGAUGGCUACUAUCGGUAUGUUUAUAUUAGUUCUGUCUCGCACAGCAUGCGGUCGGAAUUUACUUCUAAGAUAUCCGGCUCUGUUUUCACUCGGUAUCAUAAGCUCAAAUCUGGAAAUGCUGAAACCGACAUAUUUUUCUGUUACGUUCAAUGCUAGUGGAUGGACUGAAAAAUUGGCUGAACCUACCGAUAAACACACAGAUCCACCUAAUAAAAAAGUAAUCACUAAAAUGUCUAGUGAUUCUCCCGGAUAUGAAUUAACUAGCAUCACAGUGAUCUUAUCGGCAAUAACAAUUCUUAACGAAACUGAUAAAAUGCCUGACAACGGAGGAGUACUUACUCCCGGUGCUGCAUUUGGUAAAACAUCUCUGAUCGAGAAAUUGAUAAAACAUAAUAUUAAAUUUGAGGUGAUAUCGUCUAUGGAGAAAUAAAGAUAAGAACAUUAUUAAAUUUUACAAUAGUGAUAAGAGAUGAAAAAUUAAAUUUCUUAGAUUUGAUCUUGCAAAAAAUGACAAAUUAUUAUACAAUUGAUAUCAAAACUAUUCUCGAGCAGAUUCUUUUCAUGCCAUCCGCGGAGAUACUUGUAUCUAUAGUUAUUUUUUGGUAUGGUAUCUUUUAAGUUUUAAAUACAUAAGAUACAUUUUACAUUUUAUUUUAUAUCAUAUUUAUUUUAUAUCAAUUUAAUUUUUUAUUAUUUUAUUAUAAAUUAUAUCUUUCUUCUCUAA